GGAAAUUUCCUGCCGAUCGGCUGCUGGAAAACAAAAGGAUUUUGCGAAGCAGAAACCAGCGGGCGCGGAUUUAAUGUCCCCCCCCUCCAUUUUUUCUAAACGAAACUACCUCAAUUUAAGGCAAAAUUCUGCUGAUAUCUUUGCGGUGUUGCGUAUUUCGUUUUUUAACAAAUGCGGGGACAGACGCCAUCAGGAUUAUUCCUUUUUUUUUACGAAGGGGAAAACCUAAUUUUUCGUGAUUUCGUUGGCGGGGUGAGCCGGCCUCACCUUCCUGUGGCUGGGCGGCGGGGAGCGGGCUCGCUCCUCCGCCGGCCCGGUGCCGGCUCUCGCGGUUCCUCGGCCGGUAACCGGCCCCUUGAGGAAUUUAAUUUGCCCCUUUAGGAAUUAAAUUUUCCAGCCGGACGUGGGAGAAACGCCGCCGCCGCCGUCGCCGCUUCGUGCGAGCCCAUCGGGAGAAAAACAACCCCGUGUCCGGCCCCGUCUGUGAUUUCCUCCCGGGAAGACCGGGCUUGCAAUGUGUCCAAAAAACCGCCCAAUUCGCCCCAAAUAUAGGGCGCUUUUUUCACGCCUUUUUUUUUUUUUUUUCUCUGUUUAUUUUUGUUUUUCCACGCCAGGCCAUGGCCGUCGCUCGUUGUGGCCCCGUGUGCGAGGCGGCGGCUCCCGGCGGCGGCGGGGGGGGGACCCGGGGGUGGCCGCUGUCCCCUCUCACAGGGCCUCCCCGGGGUGCUGUCCCCUCCUUCCCUCUCCCCUGCACCUUUCUCCCUCCGCUGAUCUCUGGCAAUCCGGACCCACGAGAUCCACCCUCUCCUUUCUUUUUUUUUUUCUCCCCCCCUUCUCUUCCUCCCAGGAUUUAGCAGUUUUAUCCCGAUGCGGGUGUCCUUCCUCUCUGUAAAGUCGUAAGUACCUUGAGGUGGGAGGAGUAAAUUCAGCCUGACACUGAGAGCGCUUUUGUUGAAACAGGAGAGACUUGCGGUGUCCCUACUUAAAUAUGACACAUGACGAUGGACAGGCCGCCCGCGCCGCCGCCCCCCAGUGACCCCCGCGAUGCCCGCCCCGCCCGGCGGCACGACUCGGAAGCGGAGACCACGAGCGAGCCCGAGAGCAGCCGCGGGGGCAUGGAGGCGCCGGCAGACCCCCAGCUGCUGCUCAACGGGGCGGCCAAGGAGGCGGGCCGGCCCUCCCCCGGGCCCCCCGCCGCCCCUGUGCCCGUCAUCGAGCUGGUGCGCAGGGGGGGCUCCCUUGACAUAAAAAGCCGUGAGGCGGCGGGGGAGGCGAUGCAGAGAGCGCCGGGAGCCGAGCCGUGCCGCGCCGCCGAGGCCGCCUGCGAGGCCCGCAUGGUGCAGCUGAGCCCCCCCGCGCUCCCGCUGCAGCCCCCCGGCAGGGCCAUGCUCUACAACCUGGGCCAGCCGCUGGCCACCAUCAACAGCGGGUUUUUCGGCGAACCGGACUCCUUCUCCAUGUACGGCAGCAACCGGGUGAAGCGGAGACCCUCUCCGUACGAGAUGGAGAUCACCGACGGCCCUCACACGAAGGUGGUUCGUCGCAUCUUCACCAACAGCCGGGAGAGAUGGAGGCAGCAGAACGUCAACGGGGCCUUCGCAGAGCUGCGCAAGCUCAUCCCCACCCACCCGCCCGACAAAAAGCUCAGCAAGAACGAGAUCCUGCGCCUGGCUAUGAAAUACAUCAACUUCCUGGCCAAGCUGCUCAACGACCAGGAGGAAGAAGGAAACCAAAGGGGCAAGGUGAACAAAGACUCGGGGAUAGUCCAGGAAGACCUCCUGCAGGACAUGUUGUCUCCCAACUCCAGCUGUGGCAGCUCUCUGGACGGGGCGGCGAGCCCGGACAGCUUCACGGAAGAGCACGAGGCGCUGGACUCGAAGCACACGGGCAGCCUGCACCACGCCAUCCUCCCCGUAGAAGGCAGCGCGCAGCGGUGAUGACCCCCACGCUGCUCCCCAAGAGCCACGGGGGAGAGGCCAGGCCUGUGCAGCUGCUGGAACUUGUGCCUGUGGGGUUUUGCGACUCUGCCUUUCCCUGGGAGCUCGCUCUGCCCAGCCUGGUGCACUCACCAGACCAACCCAGAUGAACGUUCGGGGUUUAGGUACGCGACCGUACGGAGGAGAAAAGCGUCGAGGUCAUCUUCGUUGUACAGAACUGCUCGGGAUGGGACUCUGAGGAGGGGAAGGAGACGUGGCUGUGCCUCUCCAGCAUUUAGAGGGUUCCCAGACCGCUUGGUGACCGUCUCUUUUCAAACAGCCAUCUGGGUGAGACAUGGAGCUCCUCUUCCUCUGCCCGCGGAGGCCGCCGGCGCUUUCCAGCUCCACGUGGUGCUGGAAACUGCUGCAUCACGCCAGUGCUGCAGACUCCUCCAGCCUGAGCACAUCCAGCUGGUCUGAGCAGGAGCUUGGCCACAUAUUCCUGUUGUCUGAGAGCUUUUGACUGUAUCUUUUUAAAGAGGUGAAAAAAUACCCUCAGCAAAAGAACUAUUAAAAGGAUUUAGACUAUUUCUUUUUCUCUCCUAUUUUCUUUCUUUCUUUUUUUUUUUUCCCUUCCCUUUCUUCCUUUGUCUUCUAUCUGAUUUUGGAUUGUUUGGGCUUGUUGUAUUUAUGAUGUGGGAUUACUUCCGUUUAACACUGUCAUGCAGUAUCCACUGAAUGAAAAGGUACAUAGGUAUUUUCUGCCACCCUCCCAGUCCCUGAUCCUUCCGCUGGUAACACUCAGCAGGUGAAUUUCAAGCCUGUUGUGGUCUCCUAGGUUUUUUCCAGUGCUUUCUGUGGGGCCAGAGCUUCUCUCGUGAAAGAUAAAUUUCAGAGUUGGUAAAGGAAGAAAAUAUUUGCUAGUGAAGUAUCUCUUUGGACUGGGGGAUUUUUAAAUUCAAAAAAGGAAAAAAAAGAGCAAAAUGAGUCAAUGUAUCAACAGUGUGCGUGUACAUAAGGUUAUAAAAAGGUUUUUUGAUGGUAUGCUUUGAAUUUUUUGGUUUUAUUUUGUGAAAUGGUGGUUCAGCUGUGCCAAUGCCCGCAGUGUGGACAAUAGUGCUGGAUUUAUUCUGGUCUUAGGAAGGUCCUCACCUGUCACAGCUGCUGGGAGUCUACAGCCUCUCUGAAUCGUGGGGGAAGCAGUAAAACAGUGGUGGGAUUAGCCUGCACUCCCGAGUGCUCAAAUUGCUGCAAAGCUGAUUUCUGUGACUGAGCUGAUCCCCUGACCCUGCUGCCCCCCAGGAGGAUGUUUGGGAAGCAGGAGAGCAGGGGAGCAGGAGGCUGCUGCUGCUGCAGUGGGAGCUGAGAGCCACACUGUGCCACCACUGCUGCAUCGGGCCCACCUCUCACCAGCCCAUCUCCUGAGCCUGAUGGAGGAAUUGCCCCAAACCCAUCCUGAACCUCUGCACACACGUCAGGGCACAGAAAUCUCCACCAUGAUACAGCAGAAAAAAACCCCAAACCCACACACAAACCCCCUUUGGAAGGGAAUAAAUCUCUCUGAGUGGGGACACCUUCCACCACGCUCGUGCCUUCCCAAGGAUGCUGAGGUACAAGGGAACACAGGGAAUUUGAGUGGGUGUCUGCAAGCCCAUCCAGGCUUAAUUCAGAGCCCUGUCAUUUCCAUCCCUGCUUGGUUUUGAUGCCUCUUUGUAAAUAAUAGGUAAGAGUCUGGCAUGUGGCUUGGCGUGUUAGGCAGAAUUAGUUGCCUGGGAAGGGAUCCUGGUCCAUGCAAGGAUUUCCAGCAUAGCCCCCAAAUUUUUGGAAAGCAUCAAUCUCCCCCAUCUUAAACUGUGGAAAAGGAGGAAAAUUCUUGGGUCUGGGUUGCCUGUGCAGGGGUUUUUACUAGAGGAGGGGCCCAGGGAAGGUGCUGGGGGUGAGGAGGCAAUGCUGAGGGAGAGGUUUGGACUGGUACUGGUGCCAGGGCUAGGAGAAACAAGCAGGGGGGCUGCCGGGGACCCUCGGGGUGGGGAGGGGAGUAGGGGGGUGCUGUCACACAGGUAAAGCUGUUCCUGGUUCCCAAAUAACCCUGGGUGAGGUAUGUGGGGGUUUUACACCCUUGUCAUUAACCUGACGCAAGAAAACAAAAUAAUUCGCUGAUACCCAGAAAUCCCUCAUUCCACACAAACCCAUUACUUCCUGUCUGUGCUUUUUGGGGAGCUGCACAGUUGGGGAAAUGGUACAACCUUGUCAGCACCCCCAAACAGCCCCAGACACCAUGCAGGGAGUGCUGCAGGUCCCCCGGGGCAUGUACAGUUGUACUUUAGUUGUGAUUUGAAUGGUACAUUUCCUCUGCCCACCUCUCCUCCUGCCUGCUUCACCUCUCGCUGCGUGGCCCAUCACCCCCAUUCCUGUCGGCAGCAGCGCCCUGGGGCAAUGUCGUACCGUGUGAGUGAAUUCCUGCCUUACGGAUUUUGGUUUUUUCAGCCCCACCCCUUUCUCUGCCACCCUCCCUUUGGAUUUCUGCAUUUUUUCUGCAGAAAUGAAGUAACCAGACCUGGUACCCCGAGUCUCAACCCACUGUGGACGUGCUAUUUAGAAAACACAUUUGUUGUAAUGUGUGUGUAUAUAUAAAUAUAUAUAUAUAAUGAAUAUAUCAAGAAUAUUUCUAAAUAAAGUUUUAC